UUUUCUCUUUGUGCUAUGGGAGAUGUCAAAGAAUCAAAAAUGCAAAUAACACCAGAAACUCCAGGAAGGAUCCCCGUUUUAAAUCCUUUCGAAAGUCCUAGUGAUUAUUCUAAUCUCCAUGAACAAACUCUUGCCAGUCCUUCUGUUUUUAAAUCAGCAAAAUUACCAACUCCAGGGAAAUUUAGAUGGUCUAUUGAUCAACUAGCUGUAAUAAAUCCUGUAGAAAUAGACCCAGAAGAUAUUCAUCGUCAAGCUUUAUACUUAAGUCAUUCUCGAAUAGAUAAAGAUGUGGAAGACAAAAGACAAAAAGCCAUUGAAGAGUUUUUCACUAAAGAUGUCAUCGUACCCUCUCCUUGGACUGAACAUGAAGGGAAACAGCUUUCUGAAUAUCAUUCCAAUAAAUGCAUUAAUAUGAAUAGUGACUCUCCAAUUGGAAGAAAGCUGACCAUUUAUUCUGAGAAAAGCGAUGCUGCUUGUCAGACAUUGCUGUCUCUGCCUGUAGAUUUUAACUUAGAAACUAUAUUAGGCAACUAUUUUAGAGCUGAUGAAUUUGCAGAUCAAUCUCCUGGAAACCUCAGUUCUUCAUCUCUCAGAAGAAAGCUGUUUUUAGAUGGGAAUGGAAGUAUCUCUGACUCCUUACCUUCAGCUUCUCCCAGAAGUCCUCAUAGCAGUGCUCAAGCAUCACUCGAGGUUUUUUAUUCAAUAGAUUUAUCUCCUGUACGGUGUAGGAGUCCUGUGCAGACACCAAGUUCGGGGCAGUUUUCUUCUAGCCCUAUUCAGAGUAAUGUAAAAAAAUACAGUUUGGGAAGCAUAACCAGUCCUUCACCUAUUUCUUCACCCACUUUCUCACCAGUUGCAUUUCAAAUAGGAAAGACACCACUCUCAGAACAAAGGAAGUUUACUUUUCAUUCUCCUGAUGCUUCAUCUGGAACAACUUCUAAUGGAAUUACUAACCCACGUAUCAGAAGUCCUUAUAUAGAUGGCUGCUCACCAAUUAAAAAUUGGUCUCCUUUGAGACUCGAGAUGUGUAGAGGUGGUACACAGUAUCGAACAUCUCUAAUUCAGAUACCUUUUGCUCUUGAGACUCACAGUGAGGAUGAAGAAGAUAAAGAGAAUAUUCCUUCUACAGAUGUCUCACCAGCCAAGGAUGCCGCUAGAGUACACCUACGGCAGUUGAAUAGUAAUGCUUCUACACAUGGCACACAUUUAGUUGUGACUGCCAUGUCUAUUACACAGAAUCAGUCCAGUACUUCUGAAAAAGAACUAGCACAGUUACAGGAUGUUGAAAGUGAGAAGGAGAAUAACACUGUGGAUAUGGUUGAUCCUGUAGAGAUAACAGAUGAGAACACUUGGAUUAAGGAGCCAGUUGGUAAUGGGAGUUUACCCGUGACUGAUUUUGUGAGUGGAAUUGCCUUCAGUAUUGAAAACUCUCAUAUGUGCAUGUCACCUCUUGCUGAAAGCAGUGUCAUUCCUUGUGAAAGCAGUAACAUCCAGAUGGAUAGUGGCUAUAAUACACAGAGCUGUGGAAGCAAUAUUAUGGAUACAGCUGGGACAGAAAGUUACUACAAAGAAAGUGAUGCACAAAUGUUUGAAGUCGAGAAUAGAUCUCAAGUUUUUAAUAUAAAGCAAGACCACACAACAGAGAGGUGUUGGAUGAAAACAGCAAAUCCUUCUUGAUGCAGCAAUCCAUAGAAUACCUCCAUCAAAACCAAAGAUUAUUGCUGAAUAGCUCUUUGCAUAUUUUUGUGCACAGGAUCAAUAAUGUAAAGGUGAUUGGGAAAAACUGAUUCAAGUAACAUGCUUAGCUUUUUUUCUUUCCCUCCUUAAUGUGAAAAAUAAAGGGCUUAAUUUAGUGACAUAGGAACAACAGAAAAGCUCCUGGAACUUUAAGUUAAUGAGUUACAACUUUUAUCAAUAAAUAUUUUUAUACUUACCUUGAGUGAUGUGUUUAACAGUAAAACAUUGUGACAGAGCUGACUGCUCUUGUCCUCCAGGGUCAAUGAACUGCUCAUUAAGCCCUACUGACAGCACUGAAUUUAGCAGUUCUAAGAACAUGUGAAAAUAUGUUAAAACUGAAGGCACUAUAUAUUUUUAUAUAAUUACUUGUGAACGUACAGAUGAAUUUAAAUUAUAACCUAUGUGAAAGAAAUCUUAUUUAAACAGGUUUCCUAAAAUUUUAAUUCCUGAACCAUUUGCUCAUUUCUGUGGGGAAAGCUCAUAGUUCCAGUGACUGCUCUAGUUAGUUUAAAAAACUUAACUACUAGAAAGGUAGUACUAACGGUAUCAUCAUAUGUAUUAUCUGUGGGAUGCCCAGAAUAAAAUAUACCUCUGUACCUGGGGCAGGGACAUCCUUCCAGCUCAAACUCGGCUAGGGAGAGGAACAAGAACAUUGGCGAACAGGAGAAACACUGGGAACUGGGGGACAGUAGAGUUCCUGGAGUGUUAAACCUAUGAAGUAACAGUCAGGCAGAUAUGUAAGUUAAAUACAACAAUUUCUUUAAAAACUUUAUUGCCAUGUUGGGAGUAGAUGGGUAUAUAACAUCUUUAGAGAAUGUAUGUUUGUACUUACAAAUCACCUUUUAAAAACUGUCUCAUUCAAAAGGGAAUAAUAAUUCAUAUAUAGCCCUUAGAAAUAAAGAUGUA